AUGGGUUUAACUAAGCAACAACGAGUGGUGGUCAACCAAGCUCCUCCAUAUGUGGCGUUGAAAGCCAACAGUAAGCUUCCCACUGUUCUUACGGUAGCCACGUCGGACCCCAGUGGUGGAGCAGGAAUUGAAGCGGACCUCAAGACGUUCACAACACACAAAUGCUACGGAUUGACAUGUUUAGCAGCAUUGACUGCUCAGACUCCACAGGACGUUUAUUCGAUACAUGAAGUGCCCAAAAAACAUUUUGAGCUGAGUUUGACCAGUGUUCUACGAGAUAUGCGUGUGGACGCAAUCAAGACUGGGAUGUUAACGAAAAACUCAGUAGAAGUACUGCUGGAAGUGCUGUCAGCAAUGGAGCCUGCAAAAAGACCCUUUUUGGUCGUGGAUCCCGUGUUGAUUGCAUCUUCAGGCGCAAAUUUGAUGAAUGACGAAGCCGUGGUGCAACAAAUCAAGGCUUUGGCUCCACUGGCAACUCUUUUGACUCCCAACAUACACGAAGCAUCUCAACUUUUGGGUUGCAAGGGAGGUAAACUAGAUCUUCACAGUGUAGACGAUAUGAUUUUGAGGGCCAAGGAACUUCAGUUAAAGACGGGUUGUCCGAAUAUCCUUUUGAAGGGUGGUCAUGUUACCUGGACCGACAAGAAAACCAAGUCGACUGUCACCGACGUUUUGUACAAGGCUAACGGCGAGUCCAUUGUUUACGAAAGUGAAAGAUGUGGCUCUAGGAACACCCAUGGCACUGGAUGCACACUGGCGUCUUCAAUUGCCAGCAAUUUGGCGCGUGGGGAAACUUUGGAACACGCCGUGUACGGCGGUAUCCAAUACGUUCACAACGCUAUCCAGGUGGGCUGUGACGUUUUGAAUCCGCAUAUAACUGAAAACGGUCCAAUCAACCAUGUUUAUGCGAUCAAACCGCCCUUGCUAGAAAUGGUUGAAGAUUUGUGCUAUUCGGCACAUGCGUUAGCAAUCAGCUCCGACGACAACAGCUCCAUAAUAAACCUGGACUCAGACAGCAGACGCAGCAGCAGCAGUACUAGCAGCCUUGUUUCACAGAUCCGCGACUCGGGCCAUUUCUUUGAAUACCUGAUCUCUGACUCUCGCGUCAAACCUCAUUGGGAAUCCUAUGUGAACCACGAAUUUGUGAGACGAGUUGCGGACGGUACUUUGGAGCGCGAGAAAUUCAAGUUUUUCCUAGAGCAGGACUACGCAUAUCUCGACAACUACGCCCAAGUGCACUGUUUGGCCGCUAGCAAAGCACCUACGGCGGACGAUCUCGACAAGUCGGUCGAUAUCGUGACGAAGAUCAAGACUGAGAUGAAUAAACACCGCGAAAAGAUGAUGACCCAUUUUGCCAUUGACGACAUGAAGCAUUUCGACAAAAUCGAAAUGGGGACCGCUUUACGCAAUUACGCCCGCUUCUUCGAUGACGUGUCUAAGCACGGUUCGUGGGCUCAUUUGUGCGCUGCACUGUCUCCCUGUCUAAUGGGAUACGGACACGCUUUGCGCAACGUCCAGGACCAUGUCACUGUAGACAAAAAUGACAUUUACUACGCCUGGUGUCAGGAUUAUCUGGCUCCCUGGUACGUGGAGAGUAUGGAGGAAGGUCUUAUUCUACUUGAUCGUAUCUGCCAGAUGACUGACGAUUGGGAUACGUUGUGUGACAUAUACGCCGCCGUGUGCAAGCUUGAGACAGAGUUCUGGGAUGCUGCGCUGAAUUACAAAGGCUAG